AAAGUUCGAGGUUCGAUCCCGCCACGCCCCGCUUUGGAACGACGCCACCACCAUUCUCGAAUCCUCCUCUUCUUAUAUUCUUCUCUGCAGUCCGAACUCCAUCUGUGAUCUGUCCAGCGAUCGAGCAAAGAUGGCGGCUUUCUGCGGGAAGUACCACGAUGAGCUUAUUGAGAAUGCUUCCUACAUUGGCACACCAGGAAAGGGGAUUCUCGCUGCUGAUGAAUCCACUGGAACAAUUGGUAAGCGUUUGGCCAGCAUCAAUGUUGAGAAUGUUGAAGCCAAUCGACGAGCACUACGGGAACUCCUCUUCUGCACCCCUGGUGCACUCCAGUACCUUAGCGGUGUGAUUCUCUUUGAAGAAACCUUGUAUCAAAAGACUGCUGAUGGGAAACCAUUUGUUGAUGUCCUAAAGGAAGGAGGUGUUCUUCCUGGAAUCAAGGUGGACAAGGGAACUGUUGAACUUGCUGGCACUAAUGGUGAGACUACCACUCAAGGUCAUGAUGACCUUGGCAAGCGUUGUGCCAAGUACUAUGAGGCAGGUGCUCGAUUUGCCAAGUGGCGCGCUGUCCUUAAGAUCAGUCAUACUGAGCCCUCCCAGCUUGCGAUCAAUGAGAAUGCCAAUGGGCUUGCUCGAUAUGCUAUUAUCUGCCAGGAAAAUGGCCUUGUGCCUAUUGUGGAGCCAGAGAUCCUUGUCGAUGGGCCUCACAGUAUUGAUCGCUGUGCAGAGGUGACAGAGCGGGUACUUGCUGCCUGCUACAAAGCACUAAACGAUCACCAUGUGCUUCUUGAAGGGUCUCUGUUAAAGCCUAACAUGGUGACUCCUGGCUCAGAUGCACCUAAGGUGGCACCAAAGGUGGUGGCAGAGUACACCGUUCGCACCCUUCAGAGGACAGUCCCAGUGGCCGUGCCAGCCAUUGUUUUUCUCUCAGGCGGGCAGAGCGAAGAAGAGGCGACUUUGAACUUGAAUGCUAUGAACAAGCUGGCAACGAAGAAACCCUGGUCGCUUUCUUUCUCAUUCGGCCGUGCACUGCAGCAGAGCACACUGAAGACGUGGGUCGGGAAGGAGGAAAAUGUGGAGAAGGCAAGAGCUGCCUUCCUCACAAGAUGCAAAGCAAACUCAGAGGCCACUCUGGGAGCAUACAAGGGAGAUGCUGUGAAGGGUGAAGGAGUCUCCGAGAGUCUUCAUGUGAAGGAUUACAAGUACUGAUCGACAUCGUUCAUGGGUACUUUGUUCAUCUUCAGGUAAUGUAUGUGUAGGCAUUGAAGAUGAAUUUGGUAUGUCUUUCUGAUAAUAAGAGUCCAUAGGAUAAUAUGUUGUUGUAGCAUUAAUGCUUGCAGUUUGAGGGGUGCUGAUAAUAGGGCUGUUAAACAUGUCAUUACAUGCAGUGCCUUGUGAGUGUUUAUCAAGUAUUUUAUAGAACUUCACAAGUUUGCUUGUUAUGCUAGUGGAAUUCUCAUAGAUGUGUUUAUCAA